CCGCCAGGGGGCACCCUCUGCCGAGGCGGGAGGGGCACUAGGACCCAGCGCGGGGCUGCUCUCCCCGCGGUCCGUCCGCCGCCCAAGAUGGCGCAGACGGUGAAUGUGGCGGAGCUGUCGCUGCCGCAGCUCGAGCUGCUCAAGGGGCAACUGGAGCAGGAGGUGGAGUUCCUCUCAUCGUCUGUCGCGCAGCUCAAGGUGGUGCAGACCAAGUACGUGGAAGCCAAGGACUACCUCAGUGUGCUCAACAAGAGCAACGAAGGGAAGGACGUGCUGGUGCCGCUCACCAGCUCCAUGUACGUCCCUGGGAAGCUCUCAGAUGUCAAGCACGUCCUGAUUGAUGUUGGAACCGGUUACUAUGUGGAGAAGUCGGCAGACGACGCCCGCGACUUCUUCAAGCGCAAAAUCGACUUCCUGACCAAGCAGAUGGAGAAGAUCCAGCCAGCGCUGCAGGAGAAACACGCCAUGAAGCAGGCCGUGGUGGAAAUGAUGAGCCAGAAGAUCCAGCAGCUCACGGCCCUGGGAGCCGCGCAGGGGGCAACCACCAAGGCGUAGCCUUCAGCCUCACAGGCUGCCCUCCUCGCCAUCACCGCUGGGAUGGGAGCGGAGGAAGCUGGGGGGAAAUGGGGGCUGCGGCGCAGCCCCCCCAAUCUUAUCUCUCCCCAUCCCAGUUUUCCAGCGGCUUUUCCCACCCUGGCAGUACCUGUCCCCCAGUUUUUGGACACAGCUUCUCGCUGCUGCAGUGCAGAAUAAAGGAAAGACUUGUCGGA